CUUUGUUCGAGGAGAGAGAGCUUAUCAUCCAAAAAUCGAUCUGGAACGAGCAGUGGUCUGUGAAUUCGAGCUGUGAGAGUGCUGAGACUGUUUGCUUCAUAUCUCGAGUUAUACACAUCCAAAUAAGGCGUAUAAUAUACCAAAAGAAAGCUCUCAAGACGAGGAAUCCUCGAAGGUCUGGUUUGCAUCAAUCGGAUUAGUGGAAGGCCUCCAAAUCGACCGAGCAAAACACGACCUCGCAGAAUACGUUUUUGUAUUCAAAGAAACGAGUUAACCGGGAAACACCCGUUCUAGGGGCUGUUUCCGUAUCAACGAUUAAGGGUUGAACUAGCACUUUGAGGAGGCUGUUUAACACUCAUAUUUGAGCAAGGAAUCAGUUCCAAAUCCACCUUGACCAAAGCUUUGACCAUUGGACCAAGAAGGGAAAGUUUAAAGCUCAUUUGAGGUUGAGGCUAGAGCUUGCAUCCUGUGCUCGUUGAUCGGGCGAUUCCUCGGAGAGAAGACUUGAAAUGGACCGUGGUGGCAGGAUUACUAGGAGAAACCCGACUGGCCGUGUACCAGUGGAGACUGGACUGGGCAGUCGAAGGACCUCUAGAGCAUCUGGAGGAGCUGGCCGUGGAGGCCGAUCACAGACCGUGAGCGACGGUCAUGUGAGCACUGAAAACGAGAGCUACUGGUCCUAUGAGGACUCGACCUAUCGGCCGGAAACAGAGCCGGUUGAAACCCCUUAUGAAGGGGAUGACGAUGAUGCAAGUGAUGAGGAGGACAACGGCUCCUUAGCGCGGAUUGAGGCAUUACUCCAACAAUAUCACCGUGAGCGUGAAGAGAGGAGGGAACGCCGAAGGCGCCGGGCUGGGCAACCUUCGGGCAUGGCUUCACGAGGAGGAAGUCAUGGUGUAUCUAGAGUUCAUGUGGAACCACGUGGAGGCCAAAAUGAUGGAGGUCCAACCAUAAGGAUCUCCAAAUACAUCAAAGAAGCAAGAGAUUUGGGGUGCAAACCCUUUGAUGGAGCAGGGGACAUUUCAGUGGCAGCACAAUGGAUCAAGAGGCUAAAUGAAGCAGCCCUUGACAUGCAAAUCGCGCCGAAUCUCAAACUGAGAAUUGCGGUAAGAUUGCUCGAGGGGAUGGCAUCCAAGUGGUGGGAUGGAACCAAGAACAAGUACGGUGAGACCGUCGUUUGGGAGGACUUCCAACGGGAGUUCUUUGCCCAAUACUAUUCUGAUUUCGAGGUGAAUAAGAAGGUGAGGGAAUACACCCUCCUAACCCAAGGGGGUAACAUGUCAGUGAAGGAGCUGGAGUACAAGUUCCGGGAUCUCGCCGACUACAUACCGGAGUAUGCUUGUGACGAGAACCGCAUGGUAAACCACUUUUGGGACGCUCUUGACUUGGAGAUACGUGAUAGGGCAACGCAAUUGCCUAAUAUGACUUUCGCCCAAGUGGUUGACCAAGCGUUGAAAGGGGAGAAACAGUGGGAGGAACGGAAGAAGAGAGACGCCGAGGAGGCGAAAAAGAGAAAAUGGGAGAGUCAUGGCUCCCAAGGUUCCAACAAAAAGGGGAACCAUGGAGGAGGAUCUUUCCGGGCACCACCGCCACCGUCUAGGGGGAACCAAGGCUCGAGUGGGCAAGGCUCGAGGUCACAAACCUCGGUGGUGACUCGUUGCAACAAUUGCAAGAAGAACCACUCCGGUAAAUGUCGCGACCCCCCUAGAUGCUUUCAAUGUGGGGAUGCCGGGCAUUUGAAGGCACAUUGCCCACAACUGGGCGGGGCAAGGACAUCGGGACCAAGUAAUGGCCCGACGGGUACACGGAAUCAACCCGGGGCUUCUCAAGCAAGCCGGGGACAUGGGGGAGCAAGCACGAGUAACGCGCCAUCCGUGAACCAAGGAAGGACCCAGGCUAGGGUCUACGCAAUGACGGAGGCGGAUGCUCAAGCUAACCCGGAUUCCGUUGCAGGUAUUACCUUUUGUAUACUUAUGUUUUACCCUUGAUUAUUCCAUAAAUUGAGGUUGCUAGUCGUUGGGAUCAUUGCACGAAGCUUUGGGGUCAAACGGAGCGAAAUCGGGCGAAAGACGGCUGAUUUCCGCCAACGCACACCAGGCUGGACCAUACGCACGGCCGUGCGUUGUCCGUGCGUUGGUCCGUGCGUUGGUGGCAGUAGCAACCCGGGAAGAAAUUGCUAUACGCACGGCCGUGCGUUGUCCGUGCGUUGGUCCGUGCGUUGGUGGCAGUAGCAACCGGGAAGAAAUUGCUAUACGCACGGACGUGCGUUGUCCGUGCGUUGGUCCGUGCGUUGGUGGCAGUAGCUCCGUUUUGAGGUUUUAAGACACGCACGCCGUGCGUACCUCCUAGGCACGCCGUGCGUACCUCCUGGGCAGCCCAAAGUCGACUUUUUCGCGCCGUAUUGAAACGUUAAGACCUUUUCUUGAUCCCUAACAUGCGUGUGAACAUUGUAACCUUCUAUAAAUGAGUAGGGAGGGUAGGAAAAAUGUCUUACAUGGUUCAUGAAUGUAGGGACGCUAAAGAUUAAUGGGAAGGAUGCGCGAAUCCUUAUCGAUACCGGGGCGCAACGUUCAUUUGUGAAUGAAGCGUUCGCCAAGAGGUUGGGGGUGCAAUCCGCACCAUUGAUGCAAACCUUAGUGGUAUCAACACCACUAGGAGAUGACGUGGAAAGAACUUGUUAUUAUCCAUCUUGUGGGGUGGAGGUUAAUGGUCAAACCUUGACGUGUGACUUCGUACCGCUGGGCAUGAUUGAAUUCGAUGCAAUCCUAGGGAUGGAUUGGCUAGAAAGGAACCAUGCUAGGGUAGAUUGCUACACGAAGGUUCUUGAACUCGAAGGCAAUGAUGGGGAGACCCUACGCUUCGAGGGCGAUCGAGGGAGAUCAAAUAGCUGUAUCAUAUCCGCCGUGAGAGCGAUAAGUAUGAUGAGAAAGGGAUGUCACGCAUAUCUAGCAUACGUGGUUGACAAAACCAAAGAGGAAACGAACAUCGAUGAUGUGAGGGUGGUUUGUAAGUAUCCGGAUGUCUUCCCUAAAGACCUACCGGGGCUGCCACCUGACAGGGAGAUUGAAUUUGUGAUCGAGGUCGAGCCUGGUACCAAACCAAUCUCCAUACCGCCAUACCGUAUGGCACCCGCUGAACUUAACGAGUUGAAAACCCAAUUGCAAGAGCUUUUGGAUAACGGUUUCAUUAGACCAAGCCACUCCCCGUGGGGAGCACCAGUUCUUUUUGUGAAAAAGAAAGAUGGGACACUUCGAAUGUGUAUUGACUAUCGUCAACUGAACAAGGUCACAAUCAAGAAUAGGUAUCCUUUGCCUAGAAUUGAUGACUUGUUUGACCAACUACGAGGGGCAACCGUGUUUUCGAAGAUUGACUUGAGGUCGGGGUACCAUCAAUUGAAGAUUAAGG